AUGGUGGCCGUCAUGGACCGGUUGACACACAAGCUAACGUGGUUCGAGGACGUCUUUGACAACACGAUUGUCGCGCAAUGGCGUGAAGAGCUGGACCGGGAUCACUUCAUCGCGAGCCCCCGGCUGAUGAAAGGCAAGACCUGGGACUGGUGCGUGCAGGAGCUCCGCGACAAAGCCGUCUACUACAAGGAGCAUCAGCAUAUACGCCAAAUCAACAGCGCCAAGAACGGUGUGGAAGCAUGUGUGGAUGCAGGUGUGAACGCACAGCCAAACAUGGGACUGUACGCUCAAGCCAACGACCACGAGCCAAGUUGGUUCGCCACAGAAAAAAGAGAAGAAAGAGAAGAAGCUAGCCAUAUGACUACGGGCGAGCAGAUUGAAAUCAACAACGAGCAGGAGUUCGAGGACGAGCAUCAAGCAGAGGACCAAAAUCUCGCAUUGGACCAGAACACGGCAUAUACUCUUUCAUAUGACGAAGAGAUGGACAAAUUAACCGAUGUUACAGCUGAUUCAGACUGGGACUGGAAGAGCCAGGCAUGGCAGCCGAACAAAGGCAGCAUACUCAACAUCGCUGGGUCCGCUCACAUGAUUUCCACCCUCGUCGAUCCGCUGCUAUUUCCGCUGGUGUACGGUAAAACUGAUGUUUUACAACAUGGGGGCACUGUCCCUCUUAGCAAUGUACUGGCAUCAUAUGGCGCCACACAAACCGCACCGCAGCCCAUGGCGGGCGAAACCCUCCAGGCUACAUGUCCCUGGAGUCGAAAAUAUCAGAGUCUUCCGUGCGAGGUCGCAUUUGAUAACGACAGCGGCGAUAGCAACAAUAACAAAGUCAAAAUCACAUCAUACAUCAAUGGACUUCACUCCAACCACGCAGGGAUGUACCUGGCCAUCGAACGGGUGCUCGCAUGCGUCAUACAGCCCUGGAAUGACUGUCUUGUCCGUGGAGACCGCGACAUGGUCGACCGUUGCAACCUGGGCCAGCUAGGACCUAUCCCGGCUCGCAUCAUCACAUACGGUAUGGAAUGGGAAAAUGAACUACCCGAUUGGGCGACUGCGUUCCGGAUUCCGACUAAAGGCAGGAAACAGGAAUACUUUGAAAACCAGAAGAUACUGCAACGCCUACCAAAGGACGUCAGGAAGAGGAAAUGGGAAGACGACGGCCUAGCAUUUGAAUUUGCCGACGUCAUUAAUAAAGAACACCGGACUCUGCCACCACGAGACUCGGACCCGUGGCGGCGAGCCAGAGAAUAUCUCGAGAGGCCCGAGCAGAACCUCAAUACGGACGAAACCACCUGCGUAAAUCAAGUCACCAUGCCCCCUAACGACUGGGUCAUAGGGGACGAAAGAACGUGGGAUCUCUGCGAGAAGACCGAGCGACUGAUCUGCUACAGGCAUCCCGAACCGGGAACGGCUUUCAACUACGAAGAGUGGAAGAUGGGCCGCCAUAAUAGCCGGCCAAUCGUAGACAAGGCAGUUCCAGAACCGAGGCAAAUUACAGAACGCUUCCGGUGCCCGCCGUUUACCCCGCCACACAUGCGUUAUUUGGUAGCGUUGCAAGACCACUUCCGGGACCAGGGCCUGCAAGUGCUAGCCGAGACCAGUAGCAUCGAGCUUACACCGGAGGCACCGGCCUAUGCACCGCACGCGGCCGCUCGAGCGGAAGUGUAUGCCGCGAGGACUGCUAAAAAAAUUGCAAUGGCCUUGUCUGAGUGUAAACCUAUAUACCCGAUAAGACAACCAGACAAAGAUGGCUGGCAACUGUCCGGCCAGCUGAAUGAGCACAUUGCUGCUGUUGCCGUAUUCGUAUUUGAUGUUGUAGAGAACAUCACCGAGCCUCGCCUGGCCUUUCGCCAGAGAACGUCUUUAGACUAUUCGCUCCACCGAUACGACGAGUUUUAUCAGCCGCCGGCUAAUGCUUCGAAAGACUAUAACGCUUGGGCUGACGGGCCAGCCCAUAUGAUGGGCAAAGGAUAG